CCAAAAAGUCGUGACACUAAUAGCACUACUAGCCACAAGCUCGCCAUGCACGCCACACACUCUCAUUGAAUGACCAAAUGCUCGCCAGCGUUAGGCCUCGGAAGCAAGGCAGCAGGAGCAGCAACAGCAGCAGCAGCUCGGAUGUCGGCAGCCCAACUGACGCCUCGGAUGAGGAGGGCGCCGGUGGCGUGGAUGACGAGGAGCCAGGCGAGGCGGCCGCCGCGGCGCCCAUCACCGCUGCGCAGGCGGAGCCGGCGGGGGGCGGGGAGGCUGGCGGCGCAGCAGCUGCUGGCGGUGGCCGCUGCGGCAGGCGCACGGGGCGGCAGCAGCGGACGCCCCCGGGCCCCCUGUCACUGAUGUACAUCACCAUCGACAAGAUCUCCAAGACCAACGAGAGGCAUUACGGCAGCAUCGGGGUGCCGAAGAAGAAAGGGCUCGUGCCGCCAGCGGACAUCAGCGACAUCUCGAGCUUGGUGGAAGACACCGUGCAGACCAGACGGAGGGUUCUUAGGGCUCACGUGCAGGAUUUCGGCGUGUAUGUACAGCUUGCACAGCGGGUGGCGGACAGGACCGGCAUCCUCAACUUGCAGCACAACAUGGAGCUUGCAGAGGGCGCCAGCUGGGAGCGGGUGCUGCCGCAGCGGGCGCGCACCGAGUUCAUGUACAGCUUCUUUGAGGGCAUAAACGCAGCUGCGGUGGCCAACACGGGGAGGAUUCUGGGGGUGAACGGGGUGUUCAAGGCGCUGGUGCUGAUGUGCCAGUCAGGUUACUGGAGCAAGCUGGGGCCUGGGCUGCACCCCGAGGAAAUCGUCGAGAGCGUGCUGGAGUUCGGCCCGAUGGUUCUGGUGCACCGCUUCAGCGUCAAGCAAGAGGGGAGCACGGCUGCCUACCAGGCGUGGGUCUUCGCCAAAUUCUAUGGCGAGCCUGGUGCCAAGCCAGAGUCGGUGGAGGUGGACGCGUACCCGGUGGCCAACAUGUCCAACGUCUCCGUCGUCGCUGCCUGGUGGCGUCAGCGGCUCCCGGAGUCAGACCUGGGCUUCCUCGCGCCGCCGAUGGAGCUCUCGGCCAAGACGGCGGCGGCGGAGGGCCUAGGCUGCGCGCUGGCGGAGGGCUCAGGCGGCGCGCCGGCGGAGGGCUCAGGCGGCGCGCUGGCGGAGGGCUCAGGCGGCGCACCGGCGGAGGUGCUGCCCGAGGAGGCGGCGCCACUGCCGGCAGCGGGCGCCGUGGCUGUGCCGCCCAACACCCAGCGUUUGGGCAUUGCGGCGGCGGCGGCGGAGGGCUCAGGCGGCGCGCCGGCGGAGGUGCUGCCCGAGGAGGCGGCGCCACUGCCGGCAGCGGGCGCCGUGGAUGUGCUGGAGGCCUCCGAGUCGACAUGGCAGCAGCUUGGCUUCUCCAUCAAGGCCGUCACCAGGUAUACGGAGGCGGAAGCCUGCGGCAUGGAGCGGGCUGCUUUGGCGGAGGCAGGGAACAAGGGCGCCCAAACGGCUGCUGGUCUAGUCAAGUUCGGGGAGGGAGGGUUCGGCACGGUGACCGCAGGGGUGGUAAACGGCACCUGGGUCGCCAUCAAGCGCUACAAGCACCGUCACCAGGCCCCAUCUGACGCAGUCUUCAAGUAUGUGUACAGCAGCGGCGGAGAGGGUGGUGACUUGCUGCUGGGCGCCCUGGCCGAUUUUGACUUGAUGGUCGCAGCUGGUACCGCUCACAGCCAGGCCGGCACUAAGACGUUCCGGCCUCCGGAGGGCGAUGGCAUCAAGCCCCUCGCGGCCCAGGCCACCCCGUCGCCGGUGUUGCCCAGCCGGGGCGCCCGGGCAUGGCGCGGCCCCUUGCAUGUGCAGGGCUUUGACGUAUUCAGCGUCGGGGUGUGCCUGCCGUACUGCCUCUUCGGCGGCGUGGACAGGGGCAUGGAGCACAAGCAGCUGGGCAUGGCUGUCCGGGAUGUGCAGAUGUCUAGCAGCAGCGUGAGCGGGAAAUUGCGGAUGAUCGGGCUGGUUAGGCAGCUGCUGUCGGAGAAGUGGGAGCGGAGCGAGGGCUGGAAGCCAGCGGCACCAAUCGUCGAGGCGAUGCUGCAGUUGGCAUGUGACGCCAUGUGCCCGGAAGUGGCGUUACGGCUGCUCGCGGCAGGUUCCGGAGGUGGUGCCCAGAUGCGGCAUUUUACUAAGCGGCUACGAGAGCUCUUGGAGAUGGAAGGAAGGCCGUUAGCAGGGCCCUAGGUUGCGGCGCGUGUUUGCAUUCUGUGACUUCACGCGUGGGCGUGUGGAUGUGUGGGCUUCGUAGCAAUAGCCGUAGUGGAUUGGGGCUCCUGCGUAUGCUGCUGCCUACUUGGUUGGAAAGGGAAGACGUUUGACUGCGUGAUGCUGCGAUAGAUAGGGCUGCGGGUUGAGGUGUGCGUGUGGCUGGCCAUGAAGUUGCCAGGCUACGGCUGCUGGCGGGAUUAGUUAUUGACGAGUGUUGCGGAACUAAUGCGUACGUAGACCAGAGCGGAAGGCGGAGUGGGCUUGCAGGCGGCACGAGAGUAGGCAGUCAGUAGCGCAAGUUGCGAAUUCACAUGUUACCUCGUAACCGACGGUAAACGCUGUGGACGGUCGCGCCCAUGGCUGGCUGACGGAAGGUGGCUGCUGUAUUGGGAUGGCUGGGCUGGACGACGCCGGCCGGGCUGGCGUUGGGACUACCAGAAUGGAUGCGCCCGAAACCAACCUGGAGAACACCAGCGCCACCAUUAGUAGGGAAACGAAAGGCGGAAGCCAGCGUGUCGGACAGACCUGGACUGGGCUACAUAGGCUGGGCACUUGCAGCACGCCCGCCGGCCUGACUGCAUGCCAGCUUACUGGUUAUGCUGGUGGCCAAUGAAGAGCGCGAGUGAGCUGCUGGUUUGUUUGACUUGUAGCGAUGGCAAUGCAUCACCAGCGUCAAGUCAUGCCAGGACUUCCAGCCAGCCAGCAACUCGUCGGUACAGUAACUCCGGUGUUCGACCAGCCGCGCACUCUUGCCCUUGCCGCUGCCAAUUGUUUGCCAUUUGUUGGGUAUGGGAAUCAGGUGCACCCUACAGGACUGUGCCAACUUGCCUUACCACUGUCCCAUCACACACCAGCGUCAAGUUGUUCGCCCGGUAAGAUGAUGUUGACUCCGCCUUUCUACCGCGUGCGUGUCCGCCAGGGGUGGAAGAGCUGACUGCUGCGAGUCAGACACUCGUACAAGACAGCAGGGCGAAAGGGGAAGGAGGAGCCGCCCCGCUUGCAAGGGCGAGAUCGAAUGCUAUGUGUGCGCAUGCAAACAACCAGGGCAUGCAUGCCAGUCAGUCCCAGCCUAGCCGCCAUUGCCUGGUUAUUACGUUGGUGUCAGCCGCCGUAAACGUGUGGUCAACACCAUCAGCAGAACAAACGUCAAACAGGAUGGCAUCGCUUGCAUUCCUCAAGCGGGGGAGACCAAAGCAGCAGAGAGGUGUGGGGCAACCGGACAAGUGACUGUGCAGGAUGCAUGUGGGUGUUGCUGGGGCAGGUCCAGGUCUGGGCGGGGUCCCGUGCACGGUGCGUGCCCACCCAUUCGCCGCAACCAGAGUGAUUCCUAAACAUAGCUUCUAGCCACAAGCAUGUCGGGCUCCCCGGGGGGUCGGACCGGAGCCAGGAGUGGGGAAGGCCCGGCGGGUGACUGCUCUCUGUACACGGCACGCGCCGUGUCCGAUGUACAGUGCCGGCCUUGGCCCUGUGUAGCCCAGACUCCAAGGCGAUGCGCUGGGUGCGUUAUUCAUAUGCAUAUAAGCACGACCGCGGCAGCUGCCCCUGGAAAACAGCAACACCCGAGGUGCUGUGCUCCAUUUUAUGGUCACCCUGGAAUUGCCAAACCCGCUCGCUCGCUUGCAACAUAAUGGGGCAACGCCGGCGCUUCCGUGCGGGCAAGGCUAACAUAAUGGCCCUGCGCUUUCGGGCGCUGCGCUGGUGCCUUGUGCACGAGGAAAAGAGGCACAUGCAGGUUGGGAACGCACGCCAAGCACCUGAGGAACCCUGCUGUAGCGCCAGUCAUAUCCAGGUACCGUCACUAACCGGCGGAACCCCAGGGCCAUGUCUGCGGGUACUGACAAUUGUGCCUGCGCGCAUCGAAGGUGGAUGGGUCGCGAGCGGGGCAAAUGGCGCAACACCGGCGCCCGAGACUCUACAGUGGCUAGUCUAUCCGUUGUUGACAUGGCCAGCGCCCUUCUUCUUUACAGCCGUAAGGCGGCGUUGAUGUACACUCAUAUGCGUGAAUGGUUAGUCCAAGCUGUGUGGCGAUAAGUAGCUGCACCUCAUCCUCUGCGUUCUUAAUUUCGUGUACUGGAAAGGAGGCAAGCCUCAUUUGUUGAGUACAGGCGAAGAGAGGCGGCCGAAGGCGCGGAGUUUAGCACCCCACCCUCCUGGACCGCUUUGGGUGUUGGGAUUGAUUUAUUUUUAUAGGCAUUAGUCAAUAUGCGCAGUGUGGCUACGUCUGCGUGCACAACUUGGCGAGUUGACGAAGAUGGGUUGGCAUCCCCCGGCCGGUGGACGCGCGACCACUUUCUGUUAGACACCCG